GUAGAAGUCACCAUCGUUACAGCGAAGAGAUUCUAGUACAGCCAUCUUGACAACCAAUGGAGAGUAACAUUGACAAAGAACAUCAACAUCUCUAUUGCAAUUGGUCUAUUCCAUGCCAACACCCUUUGGGAUCGCCUCAAAUUACACAUCAGAUAUCAGAUGGGUGUACGUAAUAAUGCUAAUACCCUUAAAGCAAUAUCUGAGUUGAUCCCAGUGAAUUUACAUACUUGCUCCGAUCAGUACUCUUUGGUCAUAUAGUCGUAACGGAAAAGACCAUAAAACUGUCAGUUGGUGUAUCCAUCUUAAAAUACAAACAAUCAUCCAACUUCUAUAUAGAAGGUGUUUGAUUUGCAGAUCAUCUAGUCCUUUAUCUUCUUGUCAGGUUAUAUUUGCCUCAAGACAAUCAACAUGCGUGAGAUCGUUCAUCUUCAAGCUGGGCAGUGUGGUAACCAGAUCGGAGCAAAGUUCUGGGAGGUGAUCUCCGAUGAACACGGCAUUGACCCUACCGGUACCUACCAUGGCGACUCUGAUCUCCAACUCGAGCGCAUCAACGUCUACUACAAUGAGGCUGCCGGUGGCAAGUACGUUCCAAGAGCCUUGCUCGUCGAUCUCGAGCCAGGCACCAUGGACUCUGUCCGAUCAGGUCCAUUCGGUCAGAUCUUCAGACCAGAUAACUUUGUCUUUGGUCAGAGUGGCGCUGGGAACAACUGGGCCAAGGGACAUUACACAGAGGGCGCUGAACUGGUUGACUCUGUUCUUGAUGUCGUGAGGAAAGAGGCUGAAAGCUGUGAUUGUCUCCAGGGUUUUCAGAUGACUCACUCUCUUGGUGGAGGCACUGGUUCUGGCAUGGGAACCCUUCUGGUCAGCAAGAUCCGUGAGGAAUACCCAGACCGCAUCAUGAACACAUUCAGCGUGGUACCAUCUCCAAAGGUAUCAGAUACUGUUGUUGAACCAUACAAUGCAACCUUAUCCGUCCAUCAACUGGUCGAAAACACGGAUGAGACGUUCUGCAUCGACAACGAAGCCCUGUAUGACAUCUGCUUUCGUACUUUAAAGCUCACCACACCCACCUAUGGUGACCUGAAUCAUCUUGUCUCUGCAACCAUGAGUGGUAUCACAACUUGUCUCAGGUUUCCUGGACAGUUGAAUGCAGAUCUGCGAAAGCUAGCGGUCAACAUGGUUCCCUUUCCUCGUCUCCACUUCUUCAUGCCAGGCUUUGCCCCUCUGACAAGCCGUGGUAGCCAACAGUAUCGCGCCCUCACAGUUCCUGAACUGACCCAACAGGUCUUUGAUGCCAAGAACAUGAUGGCUGCCUGUGAUCCUCGUCACGGACGCUACCUGACGGUUGCUGUAAUAUUCCGAGGGCGUAUGUCAAUGAAGGAGGUUGACGAACAAAUGCUUAACGUACAGAACAAGAACAGCAGUUACUUCGUAGAAUGGAUCCCAAAUAAUGUCAAGACCGCAGUCUGUGACAUCCCUCCCCGUGGUCUGAAGAUGUCCGCCACCUUCAUCGGUAACAGCACCGCCAUACAGGAGCUCUUCAAGCGUAUCUCUGAGCAGUUUACCGCUAUGUUCAGACGAAAGGCUUUCCUUCAUUGGUACACCGGUGAGGGUAUGGACGAGAUGGAGUUCACUGAAGCUGAGAGCAACAUGAAUGACUUGGUGUCUGAGUAUCAGCAGUACCAAGACGCCACCGCAGAAGAAGAGGGCGAGUUUGAGGAGGAGGAAGAAGGAGAUGAAGAACAAUUUGUCCAAGAACGGGAUUAGCGUUAUUCCGUUGGAUUUCGUAUAAAAAUUAACACAUCAUUUAGUUUAGGCCAAUCUGAUUAUUCGUCCAACUUUCUGUUGGUUCAAAUGUCCUCUUUGUCUCCACACGGUAUAUAUAUAUAUAUUGGUUUUAUUUACUCAUUUAUUUCAGUUAUUCAUAUUCUGUCGACAUGGUCGACAAAUAUUAAGUGUAUUCAUGAACACUCGAGGAGAGUUCUGCAUUCACGUAGAAAAAAAAAAUCAAGAGAUGAAUUCAAAACAAAUACAGGGUGAGUGGGGGUAAUGAGCCAAAAAUAUCGAGGGGGCACUGCAAGAUGUAUGGUGCAAUCGCGAGCGAGAGAAAAUCUUAUUUUGUAAUAGAUUUUGACAUAAUAUAAAUAUCACAUUUCGUCCUUUUCCCUUUAGGCUUUCAUAAUAAUCUCUUUUCUUAUUCGUGGAACUUUGGGGGUCCAGUGCCAUUCUUCGAUAUAAUUCAACCAAUACAUAAGAAAAACAGGUUUAAAAAUGAACAUACGAAUACAUAUUAACAAUGAAUAUUCAUGUUCCUUAUGUUUGGUAAUUAUAGAAAAGAAAAAAUUAAACAAUGCUGUAUUGCUAAAAGUGAAACUAACGUUCAUGUUUUCCAUAGAACUGAAAAGUUUGAGCAUACACGCAAAAUAGUUUUAAUGGUACAAGUCAGCGUCUCAAGCUGCUUUGAUUUUCAAUUUCAAUUUUGGAAUAUACGUCACUGGUAGGACUAUUUAAAAGAACGUAAGUGAUAUAAUUUUAGUAAUUUCUAAGCUGACAUGAACAAAAAUAAACUAUUGACGCGCAUAUCUUGCUAAUUAAGAGACGGCUCACCUCAUACCAGCAAAACAAACUCCAAACCGACCGAUUGUAUGACGUAGGUAGUAACAAGUGGGGGGGGGGGGACUUGGGGCCGUGGAUCCCUGAAUUUUCAUAACCAAGAACAAAAUGAGAAAAGUAAAGAGAAGGAAGGAGAAAAGGAAACAUAUUAUGAUAUGAUUUCUGAAUAUUAUGUCAAAAUCUACCACAAAAUUAGAUUUUGGUAUUAAGAAGGACAAAAAUCUUGCUCGCUCGCAACUUUUUGUUAAUAUAAAUUUUGCCCAAUACUUCAUGUCAUGCCCCCAAUGUUUUGACUCACAGGUAAUAACUUAAUAUCUUUAUAACGUCGAUCUGGGGUCGGUUUCGUUGGUGUAUGUGCUAUACAUGGGUCAUCUAUUUAAUCAUGUACUAUUUGAUUUCGUGAAUAAUAUAACUUAUUGUUUUUCACCAUUAUUUUCUCUCAUCAAAUUUAGGUCUAUAUGCUACCAUAGAACCAACUGCAAUCAUCAGAAAUGCUCCUGUAAAAAGCUCUUUACAAUCUUAUGGGAAGUUUCUGAGAAGUGAGCAGUACACAUAAUCAACACUUUUUAUUUGCUCCGAUAAUGAUUUGGAGAUUUAAAGAUGCUUCUUUAAACAGCUUCUUGCAAUUUUCCGGGAAAGUCUCUGAGAAGUAAAAAGUAUACAUAACCAAAAUUGCCAAAAAAAAAUUUGGCUCCCAAAAUAUCUUGUAGAUGUAGAAAUGCUUGUUCCAAAAUUGAAGAUUGUAACCUCAGAACAAAAAGGACCUUAAAAGUUAAAAACAAAAUUAGCCAUAAAGAAUGAACCUAAUUAGAAAAACAUCACAACAAAACGUACCCCCUCCAAAAUGAAAAAAAAUAUUGGAUUUGAGACUUGCAUUAUAAAUCGCAUAUUUUUACGUGUUGUUUGGGGAAUUAGGGAAAUUGAGGGUAUGUUUACUUCAUCUUUCAAUAUUUUUGUUCGUAACGAAACACACCCAAAAUGAGUUUCCAUGGGCACGGUCCUAUUUUGCAUAAAUUUUGACUAUUUUACCUUUGUACCGUAUAAUAGCCUUGCCAAUAAUGAUAAUAUAAAAUUACAUUUAGACCCUACAUGCAUGUAUAUUUUUUGUGAAUGCCAGAAUUAAUAAGGUUACGAAAAGACAAUGUCAAAAGCC